GAGUAAGAUAAUAUUAAUAAGUAAAUUAUUGUAGGAAUUAAUCAGACACGCGCAGUUAUAAAAUAAUCUGUUUGAUUUUCUUUUCUUCUUCGAGCCCCUCUCUUUCUCUCUCUUUCUUUAUAGGAACAACAAAAACAAAGCUGUUAGAAUCUCCUUAUUUCUCGAGAUUUCUUCUCUCUUUGUGCUCCUGUCGAAGACCACAAACUGUUUUAUUCUUUUUGUUCCGACAAGACUGUAAAAUGGAUAGACGUCGCAGGAAACAGAGCAAGGCCAAAGCGUCAUGUUCCGAAGCAGAAGUGAGUAGCAUCGAGUGGGAAGCUGUGAAGAUGUCGGAGGAAGAAGAAGAUCUCAUUUCUCGGAUGUAUAAACUCGUCGGAGACAGGUGGGAAUUGAUAGCCGGAAGGAUACCUGGACGGACGCCGGAGGAGAUUGAAAGAUAUUGGCUUAUGAAACACGGUCUCGGUUUUGCCAACAAACGAAGAGAAUUUGUUAGGAGAUGAUUUUUAUGCAUUUUCCUCUCCUUGAUUCGCAACACAAGAAACAAAUGAGAGAAGUAGUAGUUGUCCUUUGAGUUACUAUUUUGGAUGUAUAAUUUUCUAUAUAAAAAAAUAGGACUGGUUACGGUCGUAGCAUUUUAGUUGGUGAAAUGUAAUGUUCUUGUCAUUAAACAUAGAUUAUGGAGACUCUAGAUUAUGAGUGUAAUUUCAGGUUUAGAUUGAGUAUAACUUUGCCAUGGAUGGAGAUUAUUAUUGGC